AUGAACUCUUGCAUCGCACCCGACUCUUUCUCUUCUUUUUGGGAGUGGACAACUGGUCCUGUUUCUCCUGUUCGACACCUCGAGAAGUGUCUUUUUCCGACCCUCCAGACGAAUGCAAGUGUCGAAAUAUUAUCAUAUAGAUACUCAAAAGUCAGACAUGUAGAAACUCCUCUGUUUGUUUCAUUGACAUUAAUCCGUGCGUCGAGGCGUCGCCGACGGUCAGCUGAGCGACUGUUGAAGUUAGGACUGAAAUCUGCGAUUAUAUUUAGAGAUUUAUUCGCGAAUUUGAGUCUAGUGAGUGAGGUAUACCCCCUCAGUCAUGAUACACUUUGGAACAAAGGCAAAGUCGCACUGAAAAAGAGGAAUGGCCCAGAAAAUGUUUACGUAGUGAUUAUGAGCGAAAUUGAAAGACAAGGAAUAAGAUUAUCUGAAAGCCAACGACAAUCACUAGAUGCAUGUCCCAUAGCAAAUGCUAGGUUGAUUCUUUCAAAUAUCAAAUCUGCGAAGAGUUCAUCGCCCAUGCAGAUUGUUAACAGUAUCAAGAAACGUGUGCUACAGCGAGCGGACUCGCGCGGUUUCUUCGGACGUGAACUUGAUGGUCCAACUCCUCCACAGCCGGUGAUGAGCAUUGUGGAUCAUCUCAGGAUGCACGGUUGCGAGACUGAGGGGGUGUUCAGAAAAUCACCCAAGCAAAGCACACUCAAAGAGUGCCGUUCGGAGAUGGAGCGUGGAUUGGUUCCCGAUUACGCAAAGUAUGGAACACAUGUUCUGGCAUCCGUGCUAAAAGAUUAUCUGCGAAGUAUACCUGGGAAAAUUCUACUUAGUGGAAAUUAUGAGUUAUGGAUGAAAGAGGUUGCUGAUGAAACAGAUCACGAGAAGAAAAUAGCAGCUUGCCGAAGUUUGCUCAAACUGCUUCCCACAGCCCAUUCAAUCCUCCUAGCAAAUGUUUUGAAACUUCUCAACAAAAUCGCCAACUCACCCACAACCAAAAUGACCGCGUCUGCACUGUCCGUGUGUCUAGCACCGAGUUUUCUGGAGAGUCCUGAGAGCUCAUCGGACCCGCUUGAGGGUGGCAAGAAAAUCCCACUAUUGGUAGAGUUCUUGAUUCUGAAUGCAGCCGAUGUAAUGCCACCUGGAUUCAAUGCUGACAAUGUGUUUUCAAUCUUGAAUCCGGUUGACUACAACGCAAAUCACCUCUGCAGCCCGGUAGCAACAUGCUCUGAUGACGAAGGCUCUCAGAAAACGCCUAUAAUUGAAGAAGUAGGAGGAGAAAAUUCGCCAUCACUAAGCAGUUUGCACGACGAUACCUCUAAUGAUCGGCCACCUAGGUUUUUGGAUGUGAUCCAUGAGAAUGACGGAAUUUUGUCGUUCUCUGAUUCUGAUGAAGAACCUGAGCUUAUUCGUCGGCCGCUAUCUCGCUGUUCCUUCCGUUCUGAAACCUUACGGCAACAGAACGAAGAAACGCUUACUAAGGAGGAUCACCAUAAUGAGAAAACCACAGCUAUACAGAAAGUGGAGGAAAGGAAGCAACCGGAUACUCCUCGGUCUCCAUGCCUUAAAAGAAUUCACUUCCAAAGAAAACAAGAACAAGUUCAACAACGCAGCAACGAACUGUUCAAAUAUGACAGCCGAUUGGAUGCAAAACCUGACAGAGUCAAGGAGGAGAAAAUUCCGGAAGAUCCUCCAUCUCGAAAAGAAUCUCGUGAGGAGGCAACACAAACUCCAGACUGUGGUCUGCCUCGACUCGGUGACUGUGAGGCGCGAUUUCCUGCAUUUCGUGGAUCUACGCAUGCAAAUGAGGCUCGAAAGGAAACCGUCGUUGUGGACUGCCUUCCGCGCAUCGCGGCCACUAGCUUUCGUCCGGAAGAGCCUCAGAAACCCACUGUUCACGUGCAUCCGUUUACGUCGGAAGUACCGUCUCAAGAGCCUGUGCUACGAACUAUAACCGAGCGCUUGCAAAGCCUCAGAGACAAUCAAUUAAACGUUGACAGCUCGCCACGACUGAGCCGCAGGUCCCUUAUACUGUCCGAGGAGACGAUCCGAUAUAGAAAGUCUUACAUCGAUUGUGGGGACUCUCCGAGAUUUUCAAGAAAGUAUUUCGAGCCGGACAGCAGCUCACCAAAGGUCAUAAGGAAAUCCGUUUUGUUGGAGAACUGCGUGUCCAAAGAGGAUUUAUAUGUGCCAUUGUAUAAACAACGUGAAGUUAGCGUCAAAACAGCUGAGCCUAUCAAGUGUCAGGAAGCCCAAGUGAUCACAGAAAGAUUUCCGCCUUAUUGCAUUGAACCCCGCAUUGAGAACCGCAUCAAUGAAGUAUCACCAAGGAAGACUGAGCUUGUACGAUCAGCUUCCCAUCGUGAUGAGAAGGUUCCUCCCAGUCAAAGGGAUGUGCUAAGGACAACUUCUGUAAAAGCGCGACGCGGCGAUGCCUGUGUGGGAAUGGACCCGUUGGAGAUAAACUGGAGUGUCAGACAAUUAAAAACUUUGUUCCAAGACAGUCGUGCCCCCUCCAUUAACACUGACUACACAGUUGGAUGAGAUCAUUGUUUGAAUUGUGCAAAUUAUAAGUUGAGCAGCUUUUGAACGUGCUUUUUACCUUACCAUUGCUCCUUCUUGAUUGCCUUUUUAUCUGUGCUUCAAUCAUGGCCACAAACAUUCCAAAGUUCGUAUUUGCACAUAGAGCAAUUGUGAUUUUUUUUCGUGCAUGUCUUUCAUAUAUGUUUUGUGUACGAGAAUUCAUAACAUGAGAAAUGUUUGUA